CCAAGUGGGUGGGACGUUGUAGCUUAUUAAGCUUUACUUUCCCAGACCAGGACGCUCUACCCUUUUGUCGGGCACCACAGAGUAAAUUGUCUCCAGGACAGGUAAGCUUUCUGCACCUCCAGUUUGGAAAUCUAUACUCUUUCUACAAUGGCAGCGAUCGGAAACCGUGGAACAGUGACUGAGGCGGCUGGGUUUGACCCAGAGGCAGAUGCCCAGAGGCUUAGAGGAGCCAUGAAGGGAGCUGGCACUGAUGAGGCAGCCGUCAUCGAUGUCCUAUCACACCGUACUAUUGCCCAAAGGCAGCGCAUCAAAGAGGCCUUCAAACAAGCAGUUGGGAAGGACCUGGCCGAUGAGCUGUCGUCGGAGCUCAGUGGGAACUUCAGGAGUGUCGUUCUAGGUCUGCUGAUGCUGGCACCUGUGUACGAUGCUUAUGAGCUGAGAAAUGCAAUGAAGGGGGCUGGAACAGAAGAGGCGUGUCUCGUCGAUAUUCUCGCUUCAAGGACGAACGCUGAAAUAAAAACCAUCAAUGCGUUCUACAAGAAAGAAUAUGGAAAGGACCUGGAAGACGCCGUGUGUGGAGACACAUCUGGAAUGUUUCAGAGGGUUUUGGUCUCUUUACUCACAGCUGGACGAGAUGAAAGCGAUAAAGUGGACGAGGCUCAGGCUGUUCUAGAUGCCAAGGAAAUCUACGAGGCUGGUGAGGCUCGAUGGGGCACAGACGAGGUUAAAUUCCUCACGGUGCUUUGUGUGAGGAACCAAAACCAUCUGUUACGAGUGUUCCAGGAGUAUCAGAAGAUUUCUGGAAGAGACAUCGAGGACAGCAUUAAGAGGGAGAUGUCCGGCUGUCUGGAGGACGUCUUCCUGGCCAUAGUGAAAUGCAUGAGGGACAAGCCAGCAUUCUUUGCGGAGCGAUUAUACAAAUCAAUGAAGGGGCUGGGCACCACAGACAGUGUCCUCAUCAGAAUAAUGGUUGCCAGGGCUGAGAUUGACAUGUUGGAUAUUAAGGCGCAGUUCCUGAAGAUGUAUGGCAAGACUCUCUACUCCUUCAUCAAGGGAGACACAUCUGGUGACUACCGCAAAAUCCUGCUGGAGCUGUGUGGAGGCGAGUAAAAGAAACAGAGCAAUCGCCAGCUAUGUCUCUACUCUGCAGACCACAUCAUGAGCUUUUUGUUGUUGUUGACCUCUUCUCUGUGUCCUAUCUUUUCUUCUUCCAUUGCCUUAACAUUUCACUGAUUGACCACAGUGCCUUGUUUUACUGUUUGUAAUACCAAUUAAACCAAAGACCAGUGACCUUUUACACACA